AUGCGUGGUGCUCACUGUUGGACUGAUCACAGGCUUGUUGUUAUUAAAUUAAAUCUUCGUCUUCCACGACCUUGUAGAUCUGAAACAUCUAAACAGAUACGUCUAAACCUUGAACGACUCCAAGAUACUAACACGAGGGCUAAAUAUGCCGAAACCUUGAGCACUGCUCUGCAGCUCCUCGACCUAAAAUCAGGUGAGAUCAAUACUGUCUGGGAGUCUCUAUCUUCUCAUGUUCUCGACACUGCUAAAUCUACUUUAGAUUUGAGAGUUCGAAAACAUGAGGAGUGGUUUAAUGAUAAUGAGUUGGGUGUGAUCUGGAGCUGCGUAAACUCGCACGACAAGCGAAAGAUAAGUGGUGGCAGGAGAAGGCUCGUCUGA